AUGGCAGAAACUUCGAACUAUCAUUACAUUAUAAUCGGUGGCGGUAUCGCCGGCUCGGUAGUCGCAUCUCGCCUUCAUGAAAAACAUCCCAGUUUGUCCAUUCUUCUCAUAGAAGCAGGACCAGAUGUCUCCGACAAUCCAUUGGUGACCGACUCAGCAAAUGGACCAUUUCUCGUAGGAUCUGAACUGGACUGGGGCUAUUCUACAGUCCCGCAGCGUCAUCUUAACAAUAGAGCUUUGCCCAACAACGCGGGGAAAGCUCUAGGAGGAGGGUCAGCCAUCAACGCAGGCGGAUGGAUACGUGGCGAUGCAAAUGAUUACAAUGCAUGGGGAAAGCUGGUCAACGACCCCAGAUGGAGUUAUGCUGGAUUUCUCCCCUAUUUUCACCGCACGGAACAAUAUCACAAAGCAGGACUAGACACCCAGCACGGCUACGAAGGUCCUCUCUACACCCAAUCAGUUUCGUCUACCGACCGGAACUAUCCCUUGCGCGAAAAUAUUCGAAAGGCAUGGGAAUCUAUCGGCAUAAAUUACAACGCCGAUGCCAAUUCCGGCUCACCACAAGGACUUGGCGAGCUUGUAGAAAAUCGCAAAGAUGGCCAAAGACAAGUUGCGAGUACAGCAUAUCCACUUACCGGCGUUCAAGUCAUGACAUCGACCUUGGUGGCACGUGUACUCAUGGACACCCAAGGAUUGAUACCGAGGGCGACGGCCGUUGAGCUUGCAGACGGCAGAAAAAUUGUCGCUACGAAAGAAAUAAUUAUCUCUGCCGGUGCAUUCCGCACGCCUCAGAUCUUGCUACUUUCUGGAAUCGGGACAAAAGGAGAGUUGGCUAUCCAUGGCAUCCAGCAGAUAGUUGAUGCGCCAUAUGUCGGAAAGAACCUCCAUGAUCACAUGUCAGUGGCUCAAUGGUGGAAAUUGAAAAACCCAGAAGCAGGAUACGCUCUUGGAUCCCCCCUAUUCAACAAUCCCAACUUCAAGAAAGGCACACCUAUGGACUGGGUCGUCACAUACACAGUUCCUCACGAAGGACUCAAAGCCGCCUUGGCCAAAGAUGAGGGGAUAGUAGAUGACAUGCAUCCGCUUUUGAGCCCAGCCCGCUCUCAUGUAGAAUGUUUCACGGUCUACGUUGGGGUCAACAAAUCUGAUCCCAUUAUACCUAUGGACGGCAGCCAUGUCACGACAGUUGUGCUUGGUGGCCUUCCGACUUCGAGGGGAAGUGUCAAGUUGGCAUCGACUGAUCCGACUGCAGCACCAGUCAUUGACCCAAAUUAUUUUUCAACGGAAGCCGAUCGAUACGUGUUGCGCACAGGACUAAGAAAAAUAAUGGAGGCCAUGUUGAGCACCGCAGAGGGGCAGGCUUUGAUAGAGACGGAAACUGUAGCAGCUGGAGAGAAAUCGUUGGAUUGGAAGGCCGAGGAUGCGGAGCUUGAUGAACGCAUCAAAGCACGCGGAAAGACUGUGUAUCACCCUGCCGGGACUGCUGCUAUGGGCAAAGUCGUAGAUAGCAGUUUGUGCGUAUAUGGAGUCCAAGGACUACGUGUCGUUGAUGCUAGUGUACUUCCAUUGCCUAUUGCGGCUCAUUAUCAGGCUUGUAUUUAUGCUCUCGCUGAGCAGGCCGCUGAGAUUAUUGGAGCCAGCUAG